AUGCUGCUGAUGCAGCUCCCGAUCCAGAUGGUCGCCGUGCCCGCCGCCCUGGCGCCGCAGGGCGCCGCCCCCACAGAGCCCAGGAGCCUCGGCGGGUGCCGAGCCCCUGGCGUCGAGGUUCCGCCGCCGCCGCCGCCGGUGGCAAUGGCCCGCGCGACCUCGAGGGGCUCGAAGAACCACUUCAAGGGCCAGUGUCGCCCGUGCCGCUUCCACGAAGCCCCCGAGAAGUGCCCCCGCGGCGAGGACUGCAACUUCUGCCACUUCCCCCACGGCGAGGAGAAGUUCGCCCAGUUGGAGGCCUUCAACGGCAGGGCCAGGGGGCGCCGGCCGCGCACGGGCGCGGGGCCGAGGGAGGGCCAGCCAGCCCACCCUGGCUAUCCCUGUCCGACCACCUGGACCUGGUGGGCUCCGGGAGCGGCUGGCAGCAGCCCGCCAUACAGCAGCAGCAGCAGCAGCAGCUCCUGGAGCCGGGGCGAGCACGCCGAGGCGCUCGUGCUCGGAGCCGCGUGGCCAGGCCUCAGCGCCGAGGGCAGGCGGCGGCUCGAGCUCCUGCUCCAGAGCGCGCAGCCCGAGCGCUACGACGACUGA